CUAUGUUCCCUUUGGUGGGAAAUACUGCAUUGUCUCCUAGGUCCUAGUUAAUAGAACCUAAGAACAAAGCUACAGACGUGCAUUUGAAGCUCCAGAUGCGAAUGCUGUUAAAACUGUGACCUGGAUCAUUAGUUUACAGAAGAACAUGCAGACUAAAUGGCAGCUAAAUAUUUCGGAGAGGUUUCUGAGAAGGCGCACCUCAUUAUUCAAGUGUGGCUAUUUUUAUCGGAGUUGGAACUCGUUUUAAUAGCUGACAACGAUCCCUGCAGUCGCUAUCGAAUGCGUCGCCAUUCCGAAGAUGAAGACGAGGAACGGCCCAAUCCGCGAACGGGACAGCGGGGGCGGAUCGCGUGGCGGGCGGAGCUGGGAUUUUACGUCACGGCCAAUGGAAAGGUCCCUCGGAAUCCGGCCGAGAGGGACGCAGCCAGUGGUCCGUAGUACAAGUCCCGGUGCCGUAGGAUUCGGGUGUCCCACGAAGUUUGGAUUAACAGCGCCGCUCUUACCCGAGUGCUGUUUUCAAUUUCUUCUUCUGGAUUCCGCCACACAAAGAGAAUUACGGGGCCACAGGAUUUCGUUUCUGCGCAGGCACUACACAGAAAGAGAGGGAUGUCCCGUGGAGGUCAUUUUAAGGAAGACUGGCUCUUACCCGCGUUAUAGAUGGGGAAAACCACGAAAACGCCCAUGCAGCCAGCCCGUUUGUCGAGACUCGAACCCCAGACCGAACUACCAGUGUUUAGCGGCUUUUACCGUUCUGCUGGUGAUCGGCAACGAUGCGCAGGUGAGAUUUGAGUCGGAUGUGGAUCGUCGGAUGCAAGAGGAGAUGUAUGGGGACAUGACUGGGGUGAUGAUGACCAAUCUGGUGUCAUCUUCCCCCGGUCACCAGAUGCAGGCGGACGCUGACUCCAAAAAGAAACAUUCAAGCAGUAUCAAUUACUUACCAUCCUUGGAUCUGGAAUCGAAUCCUGGAGUGGAAAACAUUCAGCCCAAAAUGGGGAGGUCCAAUUCCUCCGAGUCCCAGUCAUCCAGUCAUGGUGGGGUGAACCAGCUUGGUGGCGUGUUUGUGAACGGUCGCCCCUUGCCGGACAUGGUAAGGCAGCGGAUAGUCGAGCUUGCUCACCAGGGGGUCAGACCAUGCGACAUCAGCAGGCAGCUCAGGGUCUCGCACGGAUGCGUCUCCAAAAUACUCGGAAGGUACUACGAAACGGGUUCCAUCAAACCGGGAGUCAUUGGAGGAAGCAAACCAAAAGUGGCCACCCCUAAAGUGGUAGACGCCAUAGCCAAUUACAAAAAACAAAACCCAACCAUGUUCGCUUGGGAAAUCAGGGACCGGCUUUUAGCCGAUGGAAUUUGUGAUCAAGACAACAUACCUUCUGUCAGCUCCAUCAACAGGAUUGUGCGUAACAAAGCUGCUGAGAAAGCAAAACAUGUGGUGACGUCCAGUUCCAAUAGUCCUAGCCCUCAAAUGACUUCCACGGUUAUUGUCACCUCACAUCCAGACCAAAGGCCUUCCUACUCCAUCAAUGGAAUUCUUGGAAUUCCAAACCCCCUGGAGGACAACGGUAGCAAUAAAAGGAAAAGAGACGACAGAGAUAACACCGAACAACUAGUUGCCGAAUCUCGAGAAGUGGCUCUGCAUCAUCAACAACAAGAGGAGGAGGAGGAAGAAGCGAAAAGACAAAGGACGCAGUACAAUGGCGACCAGCUAUACAAUACGCAGCAGAUGUGGUCGAAGUGGGCGAAACAGGAUGACCUGCAGAAGUCUAUGUUAGUUGAACUGAGUGGUGCACCCUCGCCAUUAUCCAAUGGAGGCCUCCACUACGCCACUUUGCAGCAACCUCAAUACACCCCCGAUCCUACGUUCGCCGACCAUCUCAAGCAGGAGAUGGUUGCUUAUGACGUUGGAUUAACAUCUCAUGUACAGACGACGGCAGUAUACUCACCUCCUUUAGGAAGUGGUUCUCUGACUCCUCUCACUCCCAUCAGCAUGCAAGAGGUGAAGCAACAACUCGUUAUAAAUCCGGGAAAUGUUCUCGACAAUCCUUAUGCUACAGUUGGCAGCGCGGGCGAUGUUUGUGGGGGAAGCCCUUCUCCUGCCAAAGCCGAACUCAGUGAAGGAACUUCCGCUUUGACUGUGCUACAGCCAGUGCACAGUCCCCUUAGCCCCAACGCCACCUACACUCCUUUACCUUCCUUCUCUCAGUAUCCCUCGGUGACGAGCAUGACCGUGCCAGGGACCGGUGUUGCAUCUAUUCCAGGUACAGAGUACUCAUAUGCUUCUCCAUAUACCCAGUACUCCACAGCAGCGUACGGUGCUUACGGAUAUACCACAAAUAGCAUCGUCACUGAUCCAUCUUAUUACUACACCAGCCGUCCGGCUGCGAGCAAUAACUCCGUCCUAACGACCACGCCGUCGCUCAGCCCGGAUGUGUACAAGGACAGAUGCUAACCAAAGGGACUUCAGUCUCCGUGGCUACCUCAAAGCAACCUACUUAGUCAUCCAGCUGACAAUCCAAAGUUAUUUUUGUAGGAGGAGGAUGUAUAUAAAUUAAGAACAUCGCGACAUAAUUUCACCAUUCAUCGUAUCACUGUCUUUCAAGGUCCAUGAUGGCCCUCGAAAGUAGGAAGCUGGAGCUCCGAAAUGCCCAGCUGUUGAAUUGACUACAAAGUUGCUGUUUUUAGUCAAUUGGAUAAAUUCUUUUGAUAAGCACCACACGUCGACCCACCAAAGAUGUUCUGAAAAAAACCAUUGCGCAUUUUUGGGUGAUUUGAUUCCGAGAUCUGCGAAGAUGACAUUAAAAGUUGAUGAUUCGGAAUUAGUUGAGACCUCCGAGCAGGAAGUAGGUUUCAGUUUUCCAAAAGAGGAAAUCGAGAUUAAGAAAAGACUGUUUUCUCACAGAUUAGAAACUCAUUGAAAAUAAUCUCUGUUUAUUACGUUUCAUCCUCUACUUAGAAAUAAUCUAACAAAAAUCAUGGAUGAAAGAAAAUUUCUGAAUGAAGCUACAUAAUGCGCACUGUCAAUGAUUGUAGAGUUAUUAUGGAUCACAACAUUGAGUCAUCAAAAUAUUCUCGAGUUGUAAUCAUGAGCAAAUCGGAAGCCUUGUAAUUUAUAGUAUCUCGAAUUUUUAUUUUCCACUUCCGAAAUAAUUGCUCAUUGGAAAACAAGGAGAUAGACAGUGGAAUAAAGAUUUAAAACAGGAAAAAAAUAGAGACCUGUGUGAAUAUAUAUAUGCUUCAUAUUUUUCCGCCGAAGGAUUCAUCUGGAUACACUCAAUGAUCUCUUCAUUUUAUUAGAGCGAGACCGGAAACGAUAGAGACAUUUCCGACUCGCACGCCACCUGAUGAGGACUUUUCAAUGUUGCAAACAAAAGAUGGACUACGCUCGUCCGGUCUUUUUUUUAAUCUGCAUACCAAAGAGAUUUUUAAUAUUUUGUUCAGUUUUUAGUGUCGCUUUUUUGUAAUUUUUAUUUUUUGUAUUAUUAUGGAAUAUCGGGCGAGACCUUUGGACAUUAUUAAAGACUAUAUUUGUGAUUUUGAAAUUUUUUUUUUUUUUUACUCGCAUAGAGAUGCGCCCUUUAAUGUAUUAUUGUCAUAGAAAAUAUGUUUUUGUUGAUCGAAAAACCAAAAGCUUUGUCUUCCGUGUAUUAUAGUCAACUGUAUUUAUAGUAGUAUUUUUUCUUUUCUUCAGUUCAGUUCAGCUGAAAAGCUUUAUUUUUUAAGAUUCUCUGAUAUAAGCGUUUUGGGACUGCCUUUACUGAUUUAGAAUCUGUAUAGUGCACAUUGAAUGCACAAGUUUUUCAAGAAUUCAAUUAAAAUUUUUAAGGAGGUGAAGAACAUAAUAGAAUUUAUAGGUAUUUUUUUUAUAAAUCCCUUUUGAGAAUGAUAUUUCUUUCUUUGUAUAAUGUUUAUCAAAUUAUUUAUAAUUUUUAAAAAGAAGCGCUACCAUUCUUGGCUGAGUAAAGACAAUUAAUGUCAAAAUUUUUCCCUAACCUUCACUGAUUAUAUAUUUUAUUAAUUCAAAUAAUGACAAUGCAGAAUCAUCAGUAGUAUACUUUUAAAAGUAUAAUCAGUUUUAUGUUCUUUAGGUACGUGAAACUGAGAAAUAUUAUUCAUUUCAAUAGUGUAGUUAAAUUCUAAACCAUUCUGGCAUUUGCAAGUGAUUUGAUGAUCAAUUUGUGUACUUUACAGCAUAGAAGUAAUUAAAGUAACUUAACAAAGAAAAAAAAUUGUAUUUCUUCAGCUGUUUAAAAUGAAACAGUACAGUUACAUGAUACUGAAAUUCGAAACGUGAAUCGGUUAUAAAAAUGAAGUAAUUUUAGAUAAUAACUGAUUUUUGUUUUACUAUAAACAAAGACACAUUGAAGAAAAAGAAUAUUAAUUUGUCUUGGUAAAUAUGACUUACAUAGAAUUACACAUAUACAUGUAAAAAGUCCUUAAACUUUUAUUUUCUUUGCAAUGUAGACUUCUGAAAAAGUGUAAGCAGCAUUAAAUCUUUUCUUUGCGGUUUGUUUUUAUUCUUCACCUCUAAUGUCUGUAAUAAUAGAUAGUUCAAAAUGGCGGUCUUCCCAAAACGUCGUGUACUUAAAAGCGUGUAUAAUGUGUUCCAAAAUGGCUCAUUUACUUAAACAAGCGCGAAAAAUUCUUAUUGUUAUUUAUUGUGUAAACAUUGUCUAUUUUUGUACAUUGCACCAUUGAUCCCCGCACAGAGGGUUUCGCUAUUUGCACAAGUCCUUUUGUUUACCAGUCACGAAGUCGUAACAGAUGCCAGCAUUGCCGGUGUUAAUUGUAAAGAAAGAAUUAAAUUUAUUUCUGCCUACUUGAUGUUUUAAUGUAUUGUUGAAGAACGAAGAAUAAUUAAUAUUUUUGAACUCAGAUGACAAAUAUUUUAUAACAAAAGUGGGCAUGUAGGCAUCUUUUACGAAUCGAUCCCCCCGUAGGACAAGCGACGUUUGUGUCCAGCGAUUGUUCUAUUUAAGACUGAACAAAUGUUUUGCUCUGCUCAAUCAUUUCUAGAAAUAAAUAUAUUUCACUCAUUUUGUAGA